UACACACAGUGCACUUGCAGUGCAUAUACUCGCACGGUACACAUUCACUCAGUGCACACUCAUGCACAGUGCAUGCUCACACAGCACAUUUACACAGUGCACACCCAGUGCAUUUGCACUCACAGUGCACAUACACACACAGUACACACUCAUGGCACACUCACACCAUAUAUUUACGCUGUGCACACACAGUGCAUUUGCACUCAAGGUGCAUAUACACACACAGUACACACUCAUGUACACACUCACAGUGCACAUUCACACUCUGCAUUUCCACAGUGCACACACAGUGCAUUCCCAUGCACAGUACAUAUACACACGGUACACUCACACAGUACACACACUGUGCACAGUGCCCUCACACAGUGCACACUCACACUGCAUUCACACACAGUGCACACUCACAGUGCAUUCAUACACAGUACACAGUGCACAUGCACACACAGUGCACUUACAGUGUACGUGCACAGUGCAUUCACAGUACACACACUGCACAUGCACACACAUUGCACAGUGUACUCACAGUGCACUCACACACAGUACACACAGUACACACACACAGUGCACUCACACACUGCACAUGCACACUCACUGCACAGUGUACUCACACAGUGCACUCACACAGUACUCACACAGUACACACACACAACACACAUGCACACUCACUGCACAGUGUACUCACACAGUACACACACAACACACAUGCACACACACUGUGCAGUGUGCUCACAGUGCACACUCACACAGUGCACACUCACAACACCGCACAUGCACACUCACUGCACAGUGUACACACACACCGCACAUGCACACACAUGUGGGUAUUUCUACUUCUCUGGAGUCCAGUCUGGGGCACGGGGGCCAUGGUGUAGAACGGGGGCUCUGCACUGGGCCCCUGCAAAGGGAGUGCCUACAGUAAAGUGCCCAGGGCUUUGGGGGGAUUCCCCGUGUCACAGAGACCCACUCAAGCAGUGGGAGGCCGCAUGGCCGAGCCUCAAGCUCUUACCAAGGGCAGGGUCUGGAGGCAUGGGCGAGUUUUCCACAUCAUCUGCCUCGGAAGAGCCUCGAAGAGCUGAGGAGGGAGCCCACCUCCCAAGGCAGCCCAGCAGGCCAUGGGGCAGCAUGCAGUGAGCAGCAAUGUCAGGACAGGCAGAAGACGCCCUGCCGUGGCUCCGCAGCCCACGUCCUUGGUCAAAGCCACUUCACUCACUCCCUGCUACAAACCCAUGGAGGGCACGGGCAAGGAACACCUCUGGGUCUGAGAGCAGCCAACCCACAAGGACCUGCACUUCCGAUGGGACAGACAGGAGACCCCUCCCCUCCCCAGUCAGGCCCACCCAGAGCUCGGCUCCACCUCUCCCUGCAGGCCUUCUAAUUGAGCCCCACGCAGAGCCCCAUGGCAGGAGCUCUACAGGACACACGCGAUUGUCUGGGACGUCCACUGCAAUGCAAGGGCCAGACCGGUCCCUCCCAAGGACACCGGGCCAGGCACAGAGGGCUUGCAGAGCUGACACUGACAAGUACCAAGUGCCAUUACUACAGCCUAAGU